UGGCUUAACGCAAUCAUCAGUCCCAUCCUGCACAGAGAGCGAGUCAUAAAACAUGAAGGCUUUGUUACUCUUUGCUGUUUUCUUCUGCUUGGUCCAAGGAAACUCAGGGGACAUACCACCUGGAAUCAGAAACACAGUGUGCCUCAUGCAGCAGGGCCACUGCAGGCUCUUCAUGUGCCAUUAUGGUGAGAGAAAGGGGGACAUCUGCUCUGACCCCUGGAAUAGAUGUUGCGUACCCAACUACAUUAAAGACAGAAGAUAGAAGACUUAGGUUGGGAGAUCUGGGAUGUGGGUUGCAAACUCCUGAAAGGUGGGGACCUGGAAACACCUCAACAACUUUGACUAUGUGUGGCUGAUGGUGCAUGCUCAAUAAACACUUGCUGAAUAAACCUAUCACUGAGGCAGAGGUCCAAUGAAAGGAUUUCAU